AUGAGACAGCAGAUGGACGAAAGUAAUCAUGAAAUAGUCCAUAUGCUAACUCAGCAAAUAGGCACCAUAUUGAGGCCUCUGAUCCAAGAUUCGACACAGAGUUACCAGCAACUAGAAACUCAAAUGACAAGAAUAAGAGACUUUUUAGGGGUUCCUAGGGCGCCAGUUCGUCAGAAUCCCACGCCUCCUCCUCAACCAGAAACCCCAGUCCGACAAGAGGAAAUGAUGGAUGACACGGUCGAACAAGAGUAUCAGGAGUUUGAACAGAUUCUUAGGGUGGCUCGAAGGCCUCCAGUGGUUUUGGUCAACAAAAACCAGGAUCCCGACCAUGUGGUCAGACAGAUUCGACACGAGGCAGCAGCUGGGGAACAAAAUCUAGAGGUUAUCGUCGUACGGAUCAUAGAGCGAAAUGGAAUAAGCUCAGGCCUACAGAGGCCGACAUACUCUUCACCUUUUCCAGACUCUGUCUUACAGACAGAACUGCCUAGGGGGUGGAAAGUCCCGAAAUUCACCAAGUUCGCCGGGGAUACUGAGGAGUCCACCGUCGGACAUGUUGCCAGGUAUCAAACUGAGGUUGGCGACAUAGCGAAUAAUGAGGGUUUGAAGUGA